AAUUCAGUGAGCGGUGCAUUGUGGGUAACAGCAAAUCCAGGAUGGCGGCGAGCAGGCGACUGCACAAGGAACUUGAUGAAAUUCGCAAAUCUGGAAUGAAGAAUUUCCGCAAUAUUCAGGUGGAUGAGUCAAACAUUCUGACUUGGCAAGGACUCAUCGUUCCUGACAACCCUCCAUACGAUAAAGGUGCAUUCCGUAUUGAGAUCACAUUCCCUGCAGAAUAUCCAUUUAAACCUCCUAAGAUCACAUUUAAGACAAAGAUCUAUCACCCAAACAUCGAUGAGAAGGGUCAAGUGUGCCUGCCGGUCAUAAGCGCUGAGAACUGGAAACCUGCAACCAAAACUGACCAAGUUAUCCAGUCACUCAUUGCCCUCGUCAACGACCCCCAACCAGAGCACCCGUUGAGGGGCGACCUAGCAGAAGAAUAUUCAAAAGAUCGUAAAAGAUUUUUUAAGAACGCAGAAGAGUUUACAAAGAAACAUGGUGAGAAGCGGCCAGUGGAGUGAUAUCACAUGGGCGUGUCUCCCUCGUUUCUUCUUUGCCCACUCCUCUAAAACGUCUCCCCCAAUCUGAGUCCCCGCCAGCCAGCGUGCCCUCUCUGUCACCCUGCAUUGAGCCCGUUGAGCCCAUCGUCCCUUCGGCAGAAAGACUUUUGGGUGUUGAUUGGCUGGUGUAAUGUGUGUAAAUGAGAACUUAAUAAAAGUGGUAAGAUGUGGGGGCGGGGCUAAGAGA